AUGAGUGCAGCCAAUAAGAUUUCCAAGACUUCACUGGUGAACUCUCUUGCCAAAAGGUAUGAUCCUAAAGCUAUACCGAGUCAAAGGCCCACCAAUAUACAGAAAGCAUCACAGACUCCCUUAGCCCCAAAGACUCCAACAAGCAUAAACAUUAUGGAUACAAAGCUGGACUUUAUAAGCCAUAAAAUUGAAACUAUUUUGGUGGGACACGACAAUGUUUUUGAAAAGCUUGAAAAUAUCUCACAGGAUAUUCUGGACAUUGAAAAAAACAUCCAAGGGCUCAAAAUAGAAAACCCAUCAGAUGAAAAAGUGCCUCAGAAAAGUGGAACGUCAGAGCCUGAGGUUAAAGAUAUGCUUUUAGAAAUGAAAGGACAUUUUCUGGAAAUGAUCAGCCACCUUUCUUCAAUAAAUAGAUAUUCCGAAGAGCAGGCAAAAAGACUGGAUGGAGUUGAAAAGAUACUACUUGGCACACAAGGAGUGCUUCAUUAUCUAAUGGAGCAGAUUAAGUUAUCUACAUUGUUGGAGUUUCUUCAGAGAAGACAAUAUCCAGCACAAACCCCACAAGCUGACAACAUAAAAACAAAUGAAAAGAAAGGUAAUGAUAGAAAUAAGGGAAAAAACUGUAUAAAACUUGCAGAGACCAAGAAGAAGAACGUUUGUUAUUUGAAAAAAAGAAAUUAUAAGAUCAUCAAUGAUCAAGUCACAAGUGAAAAGAAGAAAAAUGCUUCCUUGAGUUUGAAGGGAACAAAGUCCUUGAAGAAAAAAAAGCCACCCGAUGCAGAGCGAUCUGUCCAAAACACGCAGUCCUGCAGCUAUAAAGAAAAGGUCCAAAAACUCAAUAGAGAAAAUGCUGAAAAGGCAUCUGUUAUACUCGUUGAGAAACGGUCUCCUGAAAUAAAGGAAGAAGAGAACUUUAUAUCAAUAGAUAUUCCAAACACAAAUGCUGGUGCUAUUGCUCAAGGUGGCUCUCCUGUUAUUUAUUGUGUUAAAGAAGAUGAGCUACCCAUGUGUGUGAGUGAUAAACCUGUUCAAGCAUUGCCAGAGGUCUGUAGCACAGCAGAGGCUGAAGAUGAAAUACUCGACAGUACUGAUGAGAACAAAGAAGAAGGCAAUCUUGUCAUUGUAGUAUCUGAUGAUGAAACAAAUGCACAAAUAGAAAAAAGAUAUGAUGAGCACAAAGUGGAACAUGAAAUUAUUUCUCAACAGAAAGAGGAUGACAAUGUCCAUAAUAGUACAUUGGAUAAAGAACUUAAAACUGUGCACGACUCCUCAGAGUCACUAGCAUCAGAAGAUCUACUCCUAACCAUCAGUGAUUCUGACACAUCUGAUCGCCUUUCUCCAUGCCUAGUGUUUAAAGACACUGAACAGGAAACAACUGCAAAAGAAAGAGUGAGGAGUAAAGAGGAAAUACAACUACUUGUUACUGAGGAAGAAGUAAAAGAAGAAUUGGAGGAGGAAGAAGAAAAAGAAGAUGAUAUUGAGGAAACAUUACAAGAAUCCAAACAAAAUGAUGAAAGCUGCCACAAUGAACAAAUGUGUAAUACUAAGAAACGGGUAACGGACGAUGAUCACUUGAAAGAAGAUAACAAGAAAGCAGAAAAGAAGCAAAAGCCACAGCAGAGAGCACCACUAGAGGACAGUGAAGAAACAACAGACAAUUUGAAACAAGAGGAGCAAAUAAGUGACAGCACUGAAAAAAAUAAGGAAUCUUUCAAAAAGGAAGAAGAGGGAUUGUUAAUUCUUGAUGUCACACCUCCGCCACCAGCCCCUUUUGAUCACAGAAUUGUCUCAGCCAAACAUUCUCAGAUUAGUAACUUUUACUCCGUGGAAAAGACGCACUUGCUUGGUGGUGGGAGAUUUGGACAAGUGCACAGAUGUGUAGAGAAAACCUCAGGGCUUACCCUCGCAGCAAAAAUCAUCAAAGUCAGAGGACAUAAGGAAAAGGAAGAAGUGAAAAAUGAGAUACAAGUCAUGAACCAGCUGAAUCACACUAACCUCAUCCAAUUAUAUGAUGCCUUUGAGUCCCGAAAUGACAUCAUUCUUGUGAUGGAAUAUGUAGAUGGUGGAGAAUUAUUUGACAGAAUUAUUGAUGAGAAUUGCACCCUCUCGGAAGUGGACACAAUAUUAUUUAUAAAGCAAAUCUGUGAAGGGAUUCAGUACAUGCAUCAAAUGUACAUCAUACACUUGGAUCUUAAGCCAGAGAACAUUAUGUGUGUGAGUCGAGCAGAUUACCAGAUCAAAAUUAUUGAUUUUGGCUUGGCUAGAAGGUAUAAGCCAAGGGAAAAAUUGAAAGUGCACUUUGGCACUCCAGAGUUCCUUGCCCCUGAAGUUGUGAACUACGAUUUUGUCUCUUUUCCCACAGACAUGUGGAGUGUGGGAGUCAUUGCCUACAUGCUGUUGAGUGGGCUCUCACCGUUUUUGGGGGAAGAUGACAAUGAAACACUAAACAACAUCAUUGUAUCUCAAUUUGACUUUGAAGGAGACGAAUUCCAAAAUAUCUCAGAAUUUGCUAAAGAUUUCAUCUCUAAGUUGCUGAUAAAGGAAAAGUGCUGGAGAAUGAGUGCAAGUGAAGCUAUAAAACAUCCAUGGUUGACAGACUCCAAAUUGCACUACACAAUUAACCAGCAGGUUGCUUCAAAGAAAAAAACUAAAAGCUGUACUGUAUCUGAGGCACCGCUGGGCAAGUGACAUAUUCCAGACUAGUAAUGAACAGAAACACUGCUGUGUGGCGUCUGCUGUGAGACAUUUGAGCAGUUCUGGUGCUGUGACCUUCCAUGAGAUGACUUGGGCAUUUACCAGCUGGACCAUUGCCAUCAACUAAGGGCGGGUCUUGGCAUGACAAGGCUAACUUCACCACUUCCUCUCUCACAUGCUAAAAUCGCUGUGUUCAAGAAUCUUACCAGCUAUUUCCAAGGGUUUGAGAUGUUCAAAUGUCCUUUACUGUGUCUGUAACACAGGUGUAUGUGUCUAAAUGCUUUCUAUAAAUGCAUUGGUUUGUGGUUGUUAAAGUUUAAUUUUUUUUAUAACAUUCACAACUGUACUACAUGCCUGAAUCAUGGCUCUCUCCUAUCAUACACUCUACUUACUUACACAUAUUUGUGCUAAAUAAGUGUAUGCGACAUUGGAUAUCAGGCUGUCCCACCCUUUUACCCUGGAAUGCUCUUCGUGUUUCCGUUUCUGGGUGGCCUGUUUUUCAAUAAGAUGAGUCAUUUGCAAUCUAAUAAAUGGAUGAAUCACACUCAUAAGCAAUAAGUCAUGUGUAGUGUAGAUUCCUUGUAAUCAUUGCGUUGGAGGAACCAUAUUUCUCUGCACUUGGUGACACUUUUGACUGGACCAACUUGAUAUUUAUAAUGUAAAACUUUGGCUUUGGUAUCUAGAAUAAAAAAGGGAGAGCAAUAUUGCAGGACCGUGGGUGAGUGAAAAUUCCCCCAGAUUCAGGGCUGUAAGGAGCUGGGCUGGCGGCUGCACCAGUUCCUCCAGUAUCUAAUCCGGAAGCUUAACUGGAGGUAGAGGAAAAAGACCAGGACUGUUCGCGGUACCGCUGGGAAGGCACGCCUCUAAAGAAGUGGAGAUAAGAUGAGAGGAUUUAUUGGUGUUUCAAAGCAAUGCAUUUCAGGAUUGGAAGGAUCCCUUUGUCAGGAAGAAUACACUAUCAGGUGGUGUAUUCUGCCUGAUGAAGAGAUCUGCUCUAUCCCAAAAUGCAUUGCUUUUAAAGAAGAAUAUGGACUUUCAUUUGAUCUUCACUUCUUUGGAGUCGUGCCUUCCCAGCAGCGCCACAGACAGUCCUGGUCUUUUUCCUCUAUCUCCAGUAAAACUUUGGCGUUGUCAGACCUAAGAUAUUUUGUUGCUAUCGUCUGAAAAAAAAUGUUGCCUUUGUAUGGUUGAUAUCAUAUUGCUUUAGCUCAUAAUGUUUCUAGUUGGUCCAUCAAAACAUGUCCAAAAUGAGCUCAGUGUGUUAAUACAGACAUUUUAACACAAGGCAUUCAUGCCAAAAGCAAAGUGCCAGGGAUAAUCAGUUGACGCAGCAGAUUUUUUCAGUCUGGAUGAGAAUUUUUAAAAUCUCAUCCACAUUGCUGAUACCAUAAAAGACUGCGGAUGUGCCACAUGCAAAUCCGCUGUGGCAAAUUUGCAGUGUUCAUGCCCCAUGUGGACAUAUCCAUAUAUGUAAAACUAGAAUAUAAAAUUGCAGCAGGAAACUUCAGAAUAGGUGUUCACCACUUGAAAAGUUUUAAAUUAGUGAAUUUAAUAGAAAUUUGUAUCUAUUGACUUUAUUUGAGAAUUCACAAUAGUCUUUAGAACUGAAAACGUACUUCUUUAAAAAGAUAGAAUGAUCCAUAAACUGUAAAAAUUUAAAAGGGUUAGCCCAUGAACAGCAUGCAUUACCUAUAGAUAUAAUACAUGAUAAAGGUAUGAUCACUGGGGGUCUGACCCAUGAGAAUGAGGGACCUCAAGCUCCUUUGUGAAUAAACCAGUAGUAGGAACGUGUGACCACCGCUCUAUUCACUUGUAUCGGACUGCUUAAGAUAGCCAAGCAAUGUAUUUUGAGUGACCUCAAGUCCCCUCUGUGAAUAAAGCAGUAGUAAGAACGUGUGACCACUGUUCUAUUCACUUCUUUGAGACUGCUGAAGAUAGCCAAGCGUUGUACUCAGCAGUACCAUACAAGUGUAUGGAGCAGUGGUCACACAUCUACAUUACUACUCCAGUCACAUCGGGAAGGUGGGCAUCCCUGUCCUCAUGAUUGGUGGGGGUCCCACCAUUCAGGCUCCCAGACAUCAUACGUUUAUCAUCUAUCUGGUGGAUAGGUGCUAAAUGUUUUUAUGGGCCAGCGCCUUCAAAUAAAGAAUCUGCUUUAAUUCCAGAAAUACUGUAGCUCCAAUCUUAUCUAUGGGUUGAAACUGAUAUUGCAACUGAAACUGAUUCAGUUGUAUGUGAGCCGCAAUACUAGACUCAGCCCAUGGAAAAUCUAGUGCAACCUCUUUAAACACUGCUUUGUAUUUUCUAUUACUAUAACGGCACAAGGCUAUUAUAUUCAUUUUUUGUAGCCAAACAAAUGCUUUGUUAAUACCUCAAUUUCCAGUUCUUUACAAUAUUUGUACAUCUAACCUCACAUGAACAAUUUCCAGCUCUUUACAACAGUAAUUGAAAUGAAAAUGCUGGCAGGUAAUAUGAACCAAAAGUGCUUGUGUAUUGCUGGCCUGAGCUGUAGGGAAUAAUGGACUGGACUAGCCCAACACCAUUUCCUUUUGGAAUGUCUCAGAUGGUUUUAAACAAGAUUUCCUAAAGGAAUAUGAACCUCUGCACACAAUUUCAGAUAUGCAUCAGAAGAUACAGUAGCAUUGGUGGUGUUCUCUGUGUGGGGACAUCCACUGAUUAAUAAAAAGAAGCCAGCUUCUGGAUAAAAGAUUAAUAAAAAGAAGGAAUUAUAUAAUGCAGAGACAUCCUUAUCUCUGAGCUGUAUGCUGCUGGACGCCACUGACGUCAAUGAAAGCUAUUAUACAGUAUAAUACAUAUCACAGUUGAAACUAUGAGUUGCAUAAAGAUAAAAGUAGCUAAACUAUAAAAGGAAGCUCACACCAACUACAAAAAUGAUUGUGUGUGUGUGUGUAUAUAUAUAUAUAUAUAUAUAUAUAUAUAUACAUAUAUAUAUACAUACU